AUGGAGAAGCUCGUCCUCCGACUUCUGUUGCUCUCGGACGUCCUGGUGACUCUGGGCUCAGGUCAGCAGCCCUCAUCACCGACGCAGAGUCCGUGGAACCACCACGUCCAGUGGGAGAACAACGGUCGAGUGUUCAGUCUUCUGAGCACUGGGACUCAGUAUCACUCACCUGCCCAGGCCAGGAGACGAGCCCAGCUCCUUCUGACGUCCAAGAACAGCCCGAGCAGGCGAGAAGCGCCGGUAGCCUUGCGUCGAUCCGCAACUUCUCCACGGAACCAUCUCAGUCGGGUGCUGGGUUCUGAUGCAGAUCAGUACUUGCUGACCUCGGGGCAGAUUUUGCCGACGACAACUACAAGAAGGACGGUAACAGCGGGUCAGCCAUCGCACCCACCCCCCAGGAGCAGCAGCGCGACCCUCCAGGAGGACUCCGGCAGCGGAGUCCCGGUCCCGGGAGGAGGAGGAGGCAGGAGCGCCAAAGGUGAAGCUCCAGUAACCAGACCUGCCGGUGCGUUCCCGCAGCGCCAAUUCAGCAGAAGAACCCAUUCCACAUCUAGACAAACCAAUGCCAUCUCAUCACCAUCUGAUGUCCAGAGAGCAGUGAGCCAAACACCACUGUCCAGCAAUGCUGUGGAGAUCCACUUCCCUCCACUAAGACAUGAUGCAACUCGCACUCCAGGGACCAGCAGUCCAAGGGCAACACACAUCACCCAUCACAGGAACUCUGUCUUCUACAACAUUUACUCCCCAGACCUCAGGAACCGGGUCCAAGGCCGUCCUUCACCACAUCCUGGUUAUGGGACCAGGUACUUCUACAACGGUCUUCCAGAUCUGGUCCCUGAUCCAUACUACAUCCAGGCUGCAUCCUACAUCCAGAGAGUGCAGAUGUACGCGCUCCGCUGUGCUGCUGAGGAAAACUGCCUCUCCAGGUCAGCAUAUCGCCCUGGAGUGAGCGACCUGGAAUACAGGGUACUGCUGCGCUUCCCUCAGCGAGUCAAGAACCAGGGCACGGCGGACUUCCUUCCACUGAAGCCCAGACAUGAGUGGGAGUGGCACAGCUGUCACCAGCACUUCCACAGCAUGGAAGCUUUUAGUCACUAUGAUUUACUGGACGUCUCCACUGGGGUGAAGGUCGCAGAAGGACACAAAGCGAGCUUCUGUCUGGAGGACACAUCCUGUGACCCGGGAGUGCGGCGACGCUACGCCUGUACCGCUCACACUCAGGGUCUGGGUCCUGGUUGCUACGACACGUAUCACGCCAACAUUGACUGCCAGUGGAUUGACAUCACGGAUGUGCCACCAGGAAACUACACCCUCAAAGUGACAGUGAACCCCUCGCAGCUUGUCCAGGAGUCGGACUAUUCCAACAACGAGGUCCGCUGUGAUGUUGGAUACAGAGGAAGCUAUGUCCAAGUGCACAACUGCAGGCUCUCUGCGUAAGGGAAUUUGUGAUUCAUCAGAAAUUUGAAUUAUAAUAAUAUUUAGUGCCAAAGUUGCUUCCUCAACAUGCACUAUUGUUUGAUGGUAGUGUUCUUCUUAAUGGAGCCAUUAU